AUGGCGCUAUAUGAACAUGAUGAACAAUCCGGCCAAGGGGUAAAAUUUUUAUUUUCAUCAGGCGCCACCCCUACCGCUAUCUCGGUAUUUUGGGUCAAUGAUGCAGGCACAUCUUGGAGUCACUACACGGUCAAUAUAGCCCCGUCCUCUGGUCUUAGUGUGAAUGGUUAUCCCGUCAACACAACAGAAAUGCAGUUCACAUUUACGGGGCUCCGUCCGAAUACGAUGUACACGGUUGCAGUAACACCAUGGGAUACAGGUGUUAAUGGCAGUGGAAUGAUGGAAGAUUUUUCCACAGAUGAGAUACCCGUCGGUGAAAUCCUGGUCAGUGACGUCACAUCUGACUCGGCUUUUCUCCAAUGGAAGGACUAUUCGGUUGUUUACUAUUCCCUCAUGAUGUCCCCGAACGGAUCCGUGGAAACCCUUGGAGGUAUAUUCGAAACUGAAGUUGGGAUUACGAUCUUAAUGCCAGAUACAUUAAUUACUGUCACGUUGGCCAAUGGCGUAUCGCGAGAAGUUCUUGCUUCGGUAAAUUUUACCAGUGGCGCUGCAGAGACUACAAGCGAAAGCGACACGGACAUUCCCCCUCCAAAAAGGAACUCGGGCUCCUCCCAAUUCCAUCUAUGGGCGUAUCUCACCUCUCUACUUGUCUCCAUCGCCUCCUUAUUGCUUUGA